CAGCUCCCGGCAGGCAGCGCGGCCGCGCGGGGUCGGAAGCGGAAGGGCCUGGUUGGUAACAGCGGCAGUUGGUAGCAGAACGCUGAGAAGAAGCAUAGGGCAGGCGGGGAGCUAUCAUGUUUGGAAGACAAUCUGUGUGCAUACUCCUACCAAGUAAUAAAUGAGUUCGUCUUAGAUGACAAGCCCGGCAGAGUGCAGACAUUUAAGGAAUCACUAGAGGAAGAGUGUAUGCUGGAAAUACUUUAUGAUAGGCUGAGAUAGAUAAGCCAUGUCAGUUCCAGCUGAUGAAACUGUAGGGGACCUGCCUGUGAGAGAUGUAGGUCUAACUCCAACUGGAAUUGAAGGAUUACAAGAAUCAACUACAAGGAAUGUAAAAGCUCGACAAGCUAUAUCACGAGUCAGUCGAAAGGAGCUGGAAGACAGAUUUCUUCGUAUACAUGAUGAGAACAUCUUACUCAAACAGCAUGCAAAUAAACAAGAGGAGAAGAUUAAAAGAAUGGCCACCAAGUUAAUACGGCUUGUUAAUGAUAAAAAAAGGUCUGAACAGGUUGGUGGCGGCCCCAAGCGGCUGGGCCAGGCUGUGGAGCUGGAAGAAAUGAUUGAGGAUUUGCAAGAGAGAGUUCGUGAGCUUGAGAAACAAAACGAGAGCCUCCGCAGCAAACUCAUUUCAACUAAACAGCAACUCCAGAUUCAAGGCCAUAGACCUUAUCCAUACAGCUAUGUUCAAUCUCGUAUUAACACUGGGCUCAAAAAAGUGAGUGAGGCUGCUGGCAUGCCGGAGCACACAAAGAAAGGAAUGAGACUUCAGGAUUUAGAAUUGAGAUCACCUAACCUUGGGCUCCCAGAAUAUGGACCGAGUCAGCUCGAGGCUUCAAGGGCUGAAAUAAGAGAUUUGGAGACUGUAAUUGAGUCCCAAAAGGAACGCAUUGAGGGACUAGAGCGUGGCAGAGAGAUACUUUUGAGUGAGCUUAGAAGGAAAGAAAAGGAAAUUGAAGAAUCCAUCCUACGGCUGAAAGAGCAAGAAACAGCAAGCCAAAGGUUGCUAUCAGUCACCCAUUCCCACACAGCUGGUCCCCAGCAUGUUACUGGAACCCCACUCUAUAUGCUUUUAAUCCAAGUGGUAAGAGGUCUGGGAAAGAGACUGUCUCUUUGGCUAAACAUUUGGGACAAUGUGGAAAUGAUCAAGAUCCGUAAACAGCUGGUUGAGAAAAGCAAUGCUCUUUCAGCAGCAGAAGGAAAAUUUCUCCAGCUUCAAGAGAAUGAGAAGAACUUGAGGGCCAGCUAUGAUGCCUUAAUAGCAAAAGGUGAUGAACUGAAUCUACAGCUUAAAGAGGAGCGGUUAAAGUGCCUUCAUCUUGAAAAAGAGCUGCAAUCAGUAACCAUUUCAAACCGAAGGACAGAAGAGUUACACGAAAGAAUAAAUGAUCUAGAAAAAGAGAAGGAACUCUUGAGGGAAGACUAUGAUAAGCUGUAUAACACUGUCUUCACUAUGACCUAUGAACAGCAAUGGAAAUUAAAGGAACAGCAACUGAAACUGCAAAUUGCUAAACUAGAGACUGAUUUAGCAGACAAAAAUGAAAUCCUUGACAAGAUCAAAGUAGAAAGAGACCAAAAGGAAAAGCUGAUGCAAGAGAACAAAGACCUGCAGUUACGCUACCUGGAACAUAAGCAACAGCUAGAUGAACUGAAAAAUCGCAUGAAGUUUUUGACCAAGGAAAGUGAUAUUGAUGUGGCAGAACUCGGUGAAGCCCUCUUGCAUAUAAAGGCUCAAAAGCAGCAGCAAAAUGGGGACCUUGUGUUUUUGGAAAAAGUAGAAGAUGAUAACCACAAAGAUUUAGAGCAUUCCAUGCGGGAGCUGCAAUUAACACACGUGGAAACAGUGCAAGAACUGGAAAAGACAAGAAAUAUGUUAAUUCUGCAGCACAAAAUUAACAAAGAUUACCAGGAUGAAGUAGAAGCAGUGACACAAAAGAUGGAAAGUCUACAAAAAGACUAUGAGGUAAAACUGGAACAGUAUGUCCAUCUUCUUGAUAUUAGAGCUGCACGCAUCAGAAAACUAGAAGCCCAACUAGGAGAUAUCGUCUAUGGUACAAAACCAUAUAAAUCCAAACCAGAAGUAUUGCCAGGUGAUCCGGUCGAUGAGUUUGAUGAAACUUUAUAUUUACAAAGAGGAGAGAACCUUUUUGAAAUUCAUAUCAGCAAAGUGAUCUUCUCUUCUGCAGUUAUGCAGGCUUUUGGUGUCUGUGAACCUGCAACUUUUUGUACUUACGCAUUCUAUGACUUCGAACUUCAGGCAACCCCAAUAGUUUAUGGGCAUACCCCAUCAUAUGACUUCACUUCUCAGUACCUCGUGAAGGCUGAUGACUGCUUUUUGCACUAUAUACAGCAAAACAGCAUCACAUUUGAGGUUCAUUAUGCAUAUGGCACAGAUUAUGAAACAAUUGCUGCCUGUCAACUAAAGCUCCAUGAAGUCUUGGAAAACAAUGGGAAGAUCUACAGCACAGCGAAUUUAAUUGGAGUCAAAGGAAACAUUCAAAAUUACGGUACCGUAGAAUACUGGAUUAGGUUACGAAUUCCUAUGGAUCAAGCUAUUAGUCUCUACAAAGAGAGGUCAAAGGCCUUGGGGUAUUUAACCGCCAGUUUUAGGGAAUGUGAACAGCCAUCCCAGCAGCAGAUACUCAGAACUGCCCAAGUCAGCACUUCAACAGAUGGCAAUUUAAAUGAACUCCACAUUACAAUAAAAUGUUGUAACAAUCUACAGUCCCGAAAAAAACAUCUUCAGCCAAAUCCUUAUGUUGUCUACAAGUUCUUUGAUUUUGCAGACCAUGAUACUCCCAUCAUUGCUAGCAACAGCAACCCACAAAUAGAUGACCAUAUGUGUUUCCAAGUGCCAAUGAAUGCAGAUUUAGACCAGUACCUAAAAUCAGAAUCCGUAACCUUUUAUGUAUUUGAUGAUGGUGAAACGGACGAAGGUGCUUAUGUAGGGAAAGCCAACGUGCCUCUUAUUUCUUUAGCACAUGACAGAUCUAUCUCAGGUAUUUUUGAACUAACAGAUUCUGAAAGACAUGCUGCUGGUACCAUCACAGUUGAAUUAAAAUGGAAACAUGUCUACCUACCGCCAAGUGGAUUAACAAUGGCUGCAGACUUAGGAAAUUACAUUCAAAAUGAGAAAUCAAUGGCAACUAAAUUACUAGCUGAGGAAAAAACUCAGACUUCAGUCCCGUCUCCUUCUGUUACUUCAUUGGUGACAAAACCAACACCCAAACGAAGGCAGCGUGCAGCUCAAGCAGAGAAGAAAGUAUCUUUUCUGGAUCUUAGUACAAAACAGAUGAUAGGCUCUCUUGAAAAUAACAUGGAACCUACACAGAAGAUGGAGGCUUCAAGAGUCCCAAGUGUUCCAGAGCAUGUGGUACAUGAGGUUAAACAAAAAAGGCUAGCAGAUGAUACGGUGAAGGAGAUAGCUGAAGAAAUUCAACAGGAAAAAGACGACCUCUCACAUCUGUCAGAGGGGCAGUUGGCCAACCAAAGCUCAGUUACCUCUGGAGAUGAGACAGAAAUAACUGAAGAAUUGGAACCAGAAGAUCAAGAUGAUAGACAAGAAAAUGAUGCCAUUGAAUCAAUAAUAACUGACAGCGAUGACUGUAUUGUUUCAUGUCCACUAUCCAAGAAUAUUAAACAGGCAUCUGAAAAAAUACAGAUUGAAAUUAUAUCACUCGGUUUUACUGAGCCACAAAUUGCAUCAGAUGAAACAAUACAACAGCUGUUUGUAGAAUGCAGAUUAUCCAAUUUCCUUGCAGAGGAGACCCCACUGUCCCUUCGAAAACCUACAAGUGGUCAGAGAAUUCACUAUAACUAUAGCAAGGUGAUAUACGUGGAUAAGGCAAAUAAUUGGGCAAGAAGAGAGUAUCUCAAGUCUAUGCUUCUAAAGCCAGACCUACAUGCUGACAGCCUACAGUUUACAGUGGUCAGUGACCCCCCAGAUGAUGAAGAGGAUCUUGAAUGUGAAGAUAUUGGUUUCGCUUAUGUCAGUUUGAGAAAGAUAUUCCAGGAGCAAAGAGAUAUCAUUGAGCAAGAUAUUGAUGUUUUCGAUUCAAAAGAUGAUAGUGCAGUAAUUGGGAAGCUCAAAGUAACAGUGGAAGCCCUCCAUGUGCUGCGUUCAGUCUUUGAGGAAUGCGAAGAAGACUGAGAGGCAUGAAAGGGAAGUUUGCCUACAGAAGUUGCUUCUCCCAGUGUAAAUACAUGCUUGAUAGUGCUUCAAAGAUGAGAUCUUGGUAAUUCUUACAGUAUAUUUAAUGUAUAAUUUAUAUGAAAAGGACGCUUGAUUUGUAGUUGUAAAGUUUUGUAUACUUUUCAGUCUGUUUGUUUUUCUAUUUCCCCCCUAAGGCUAAAAAUCUCUCCACAAUGGACAACGUCUUGUAAAUAAUUAAUACCUACAUGAUUGAAUGUUGUGCUUUAUUUGCAUUUUCAUGAUUUUUUCAUACAUAAAACAGUAAUAAAAAUGCAAGUCAAAUUUUUAAUUUUUAAUAAAAAAACCAUAAGCCUUAGAAAACUGAUUAAAAAUACUUUUAUGUUAUCCCUAAUCACCCCACUAAAUGGAAUGCCUGUGAUUAGCCUCAUUAAGAAUUUUAUACUGUGAAGAUUUUAUUAAAAGCAAUAUAUGAAAAUUACUUGGAUUAAUGUGUUAAUCUGCCUCUUUAAAAUGCUAAUAUCCAUUUUAUGCACAUUAAAUCUCAGUAUGUGUUUUCUUUGAUGCAUGCAGUUCCUAUCAAUUAAAUAUAAAAAAUGAGGCUAGUUGCAGGACUUAUUAAAUUACUGCAACCUUUUUUUAAAUAACUUUUACCCUUCUACUAACAUUAUAAUCAGCUGUUUAUGAUUAUCCUGAUUUGGAGUAGGGGGAGGGCAGGCACAAUCAUUUUUCUGUACUGUCAAAGAUUUACUUUCAGCCAACAUCUGUCAGAGCACAAAAAGAAGCCAUACAGCAUCAGAUUUUGCUUCACCUGGUUUGAGCUGUGGGGACAGGCAAUUGUAUUUUUGUUUGGUUUUUGUCACUUUCAAAACUUACAUCAAACAUAUAUAAUGAAUUCUUAGAUCUGAAUAACUAGUGUCUAGCUCAGAAAGUUAAUUUUCCAGCUUUUAACCAAUCUCAGUGAAGGAUUUAAUUGAUAUUUUUAAUGGAGCUGUGAAUCAAUGCUGCAAAAGGAUUGUCUCUUGAGAACGAAGAUAUAAUACAUUUCCUUUUUUAAUUUACUUUUUUAUUUGUCAUUUUCUUCAAAAGAUUUUAUAGGCUGUGGAUUUCUACUGUUUGCAAACAGGCUAUGUUUCUUCAUAAGCAUAUGUAAAGUAUUCAGAGAGAUAAGUAAUUUAUUAAAAUCUACCUAAUUUGCCGUGAUAUAUUAAAUCUCUGCUUCAGUGAUCACAGACCAUUUCAUUUAGAGAAUUAGGCAUUCCCUCUUUGUGUGAUUAAAGCUCUGGAAAAUGAGUUCUUUGCUCCUAUUUGUGAACAUUCAAAGCCUGCUAAUGGCAAGAAGAUGGAAUAGAUUAUGAGAGAAUUCAUUACAGUUCAACAGAAAAAAAAAACCCAGCUAUAAUGCAGAAAUGCAAGUAUGAAUAUCUGCAUAUAGUUUGAACCAUCUGUGCUCUAAUGGCUUCAGUAAUGGCUCUUCGUCUUCAGGAGGCUUUCAAAUGACAUCCAUACAAUAUUAAUUUGUUGAUGUACAUUAUGAGGCCAAUGGAAUGAAUAUAUUCUGGCCACAGAAAUCUGUAAAUUCCAGUAUGAUCUGAUGGUUGACUCCGUUUUAGGACCUACCAUCUUCAGUAGUGCUUCUCAGCAAACUUUGCCAAUCCUCACAGCAUUUCAUUCCUCUGGAACUUUUAGGAGACCACAGACAGCUGCAUUCCUAAACCCCUCCAUUCUUUAGUUAAUGGCCAUAUGUUUGUUGUCAUUUGGGCUGGCACUUAGUUCAUCAUUUUGGCCACUAUUUCGAGCUUUUUUUGGCUCUGUGCAUCUAUAUUGUCAAUAAGACUGUUAUUAUACAUUACAAUAAUUUGAAACAGCUAGAUUCAACACUGAGAUUAACUGAGUGGCUUUUUAGAAAUUUAGUUGCGGUAUUCUGCCAGGAGGUUCUUAUUAUUAUUCUAAUACUUUGCAAACCAAACUAAAUAUCCUGCACAUAAACAAAGAAGCAAAUUGUAUUGAGUUUUCGUGUGUGACUGUUUACUGACUUGCAGGAGAACUAUGUAACUGGGGCUUGUUUUCUUCUGAAAUAAACCAUGUGGUAAAAUUAGAAAA